AGACCGAUACGAAAAAGUGAUUACGUUCGUGAGUUCUGUCGUUUUUUCCAUUUUUUCGACCGAUUUCGAGUUUGGUUUUCGCGUAUUAAUAUUAUUCGGCUGUCCCACGCUCGUCGUCGACCAUGUCUCUGAACGUGGCUAAAACUCCGGGAAACGAUUAUUUUCUCACUAGAGAGCUACUGGUUGCUCUGCUCGUUCUGCUCUUAACUAUCGUACUAUUUGUUCUAUGGAAAAAGAGUAGUAAGACCAACCGUGAUGUACUGCUCGUGGGAUUGUGCGAUUCGGGUAAGACGGCUCUAUUUUCACACUUAUUGUACAAUAAACCAGUACAAUCUUUCACGUCCCAAGUGGAAAACAUAGGCGAGUUUAAAAGUAAAAAGAACUUGUUGCGCAUAGUCGACAUUCCAGGUCACGAAAGAGUGUUCACAAAAUAUUGGGAUGCUUACAAAAUAAGUUGUAAAGGUGUUAUGUUUGUUGUGGAUUCAGAAACUGUUCAAACUGAUAUUUGUGAUGUAGCCGAGUUAUUGUACAGAAUUUUAACUGAUGUAACGAUUCAAACCAACAAGACUAAAAUUAUAAUACUAUGUAACAAACAAGACAAAGUAUUGGCCAAGGGAUCAGAAGUAAUCAAGACAUUGCUUGAAAAAGAACUGGAUACAUUGAGGUUAACAAAGUCAAAUCAGUUGGAGAGCAUUGACGGCAAAAAGAAUAAGACUCUGUUGGGGAAAAAGAAGAAGCAUUUUGAAUUUUCUCAUUGUCAGAUGGCAGUUGAGUUUGCAGAAGUAAUUUCCUCAUCUCAAGACAUAGUUCUAGAACCGAUUAAAGACUGGUUAGAAGGUAUUCAGUAAAUAUUUAUUGUGUUACAACGAUAUAUUAAUGUUUCCCAUUUUUGGAAUCACUUUUGAGCUUCUUUGUUGUAAAUACGGUUUUUUUUCUAUAAUCUAUAUGUCUUAUAAAUAUAUUUUUUAUUGUUAAAUUAAGAGAUGUAUAAUUCAGCCAUAUUGGCGGGAAUGUUAUUGAUUAAAAUAGACUUCUUACUCACACAGUCAAAUCCAAAAUUCUUUUUGAUAUAUUAUUUACUGUACGUUGUGUACUCAUUACAUAUUGUAUUAUACACUUUAAUCUAUUAAUUUUUUUAUUAAGUGUGUAUUUAUUUGUAAUUUUUACUGUAUAAAUCUUUUAAGAUUAUUAAAUUCAGUACUAAGAUUUUUAA